CAUCCCAUCAUUCUUCUUCAUCUUCAACUUUAAUAAUAAUAAUAUUCCCAACAAAUGGAGUAUGAGCAUGCAAAUGGUAACUCCACUUCUCCCCACUUGAAGGGUGAUCACUCUUUCAUAAGUGACCCUGCAGAUUCUACUACACUCAGAAUCCCUACCAGAGCAUUAGACAUCAUCUGGGGCAACGAUCCCCGUUAUUGGGACCACAUCAAACUUACCCAAGAGGAUAAACAGUUGAUCGGGUUUGAAGAAGGUUCAGUGCUUUUACAAGUGAACUGGCUUGUGGUGACAGGGAAAAUGGCAGCUGUCUCGCUACUCUCACCUGCAAAAACAUACACAAUAUUGUAUAUAAUUAAGUUCAGGGCUGAUGCAUUUGGGUGGCACUCUGCUCCCAUCAAGUUCAAGGUGAGAGUGGACGGAGGACAAGAGACCCACCACACCCUUUUACUUGAGCCCUACAGGCUCAAACAGGACAUGUGGCAUGAAGUUCCUGGAGGAGAUUUUACAAUCGACUCAAACAACACUAGUGGUAUUAUUGGAAGUAGGAGUAGUGGUGUUGAGUUUGGGAUGUUUGAAGUUGAGAGUGACUGGUGGAAGGGUGGCAUGGUUCUUGGUGGUAUUAAAAUUAAGUCAAAAUAAAAACACAAUUUGAUAGUAUUUGUGCAUGUUUUGUACGUUGAACAACGUACCUACUAAACCUGUACUUGAUGUUGUAAGAAUAUUGCUUCUAUAUUUGAUUGAUUUUUGAAUUGGCCGGAUAUGAUAA